AUGCCGAAAUUUUUCACUAAAAGAAAAGAACCUUACAACCUAAGGAGCUGGAAUAAGAACCAAAGUACUCUGAAGUCGAAAGUAGACGCCUCCGUCGAGUGCGAUUUGCCUUUCGACGAAUCAAAAAUAGCCCCAGAAUUGAGGCAUGGGCCAGUUACUAAAAAAAUAACUAGUUCGGAACUGUUGGAACCUUCUCACAAAAACUCUGUAGGGUUUAACAAGACCAACUUGGAACCCGUGGAUAUUAGUGUAGAUUCUGAUAGCGACGACAAUCUUAGUGCUUUGGACCAACGGCGCCUCAGAGCUAUUGUAGAAUCUGAGGAAGAACUUUACUCAGAAAACGAGAGAGAAAAAGAAAAAGAAAAAACAAAAGAGAACUGUACGGAUAACAUUUUUGCAACAGGUACUGGCGAGUACGUCACCUCCUGUUAGUACAUUACCCUCCACGACUGCACCGCUAGAUCCUACAUUUACAGAACAACCAGAGGUAAUAAACACUACACCAAUUGUUAUCAAUUAUACUGCUGGUGGACAACAGUUACUGACUAUCAAUUCACCUGCUGAUAUUUAUAAACAUUUCUUACGUAAAAGUUGUGAAGGCAGAUUAGGAGUUACUGCCACUAGACAUAGUGAACAAUUCUCAGACUCUGAUCCUACCGACGACUCAAGUUCAACCAGUGUGGAUGGAGAAUACAUUCGUGCGCUAACUGAACUUACUCAAAAGCUCUUAAAUAGAGACGUAAACAUAAACAAAUUCCAUGGAUAUGAAAAUGAGGACAUAAAUCGCUGGUUUGAGAAAUUGGAAGUAGUUCUGGACUCUAAAGGAAUCAGGUUAGAUGUCUCCACUGCAAGAACACAGCUUAUUAACAAUCUCGCUGGGCCAGCGGAAACUUUUAUGUUUGAAUUGCCACCAGACGAGGGCGGAAACUAUAACGCUUUAAAACAAGCCCUGGUGAAACGUUACUCUACCAAGGACCGCGCAUGGGUUAAACAACAUCAUUCAGCUGCUCGCUGUCAAGGCCCUAAUGAAUUACUAUCAGAUUAUAUCAAUGAUAUGCAUGAACUGUUCAGCGGACUUAAUAUGGCCGAAGUGGACAAAGUGACUUAA